AUGGUGAGAGAGGGAGCGAUGCGGUGUCUGUGUCCCCCCGGCCUCCACCUGGCUGCGGACAACAAGACCUGUGAAGAUGUGGAUGAGUGCGAGCAGAGAGCGGAUGCGUGUGCCCAGAGGAGGACCUGCCGGAACACUUUUGGGAGCUUUGUGUGUGUGUGCCAGGACGGCUUCGUGAUCGGGACGCUGGAGGGCUCCGUGCAGUGUCGAGAUAUAAACGAAUGCUUGACGGCGACUCACCGGUGCAGCCGCCACGCACAGUGUGUCAACACAGAUGGCUCGUACACCUGCCAGUGCCGGGACAGUUACCACGGAGACGGGCGCACCUGCUGGCCCAGGAGAGCACUUCAGUUUAAAACACACAUGUACUACAACUACAAGCUCUCCAGGAGAAGCAAGCAAGCUAUCCCAUCCUCAUAG